GUUUGUUCCGAGCAGAGCAGCCGUGUGUCAGUGGACACAAAAUGGCGGUAUUUGUCCACUCGGCUCCUGUUUAAUCCAUUUGUGACCAACCACCGUGCCGAAGCCGUUUUCAGAGCUAUUUUGUGGAACGCUGCGAUCUUUAGAAAGACAUUAUCUUACUAUAAACCAGCAUUCCACAUCGCAAUGUCGGACUCUGAGGAGGACAGCCAGGAUCGACAGUUGAAAUUUGUAGUGAUCGGAGACGGAGCGUGUGGAAAGACAUCACUCGCCACCAGGUUUGCUCAGGAGGCUUUUGGAAAGCAGUACAAACAAACCAUCGGUCUGGAUUUCUUUCUGAAGAGAAUAAGCCUUCCAGGUAAUUUAAAUGUCACCUUGCAAGUAUGGGACAUUGGAGGCCAGACGUUGGGAGGGAAGAUGCUGGAUAAAUAUGUGUAUGGAGCUCACGGUGUUCUUCUGGUUUACGACAUCACCAACUUCCAGAGCUUUGAAAAUCUUGAGGAUUGGUUCAAUAUGGUGAAGAAGGCUAAUGAAGAGUGUGAUAUCCAGCCAGUCAUCUCCUUGAUAGGAAACAAAAUCGACCUGGAGCACAUGAGGACGGUGAAGGCUGACAAACACCAGCGCUUCUGCCAGGAGAAUGGCCUCAUCAGUCAGUUUGUGUCCGCCAAGACUGGGGACUCUGUCUACCUUUGUUUUCAAAGAAUCGCUGCCGAGAUUCUCGGCGUGAAGCUUAACAAGGCAGAGAUUGAGCAGUCUCAGCGGAUCGUGAAGGCCGAACUGGUGAACUACCCUCAGGACGAAGGCCCAAUUAGACAGGAGAACGCCCAGCAGAGCAAAAUAUGUUCAGUGCAAUAGUCUGAACGAGUGGUGAAAGCCGACAUUGUGAACUACAGCCAGGACACAGUGGCCAGGACCGUCAAUCCCCCUCGCAGCUCCAUGUGCACGGUGCAGUGAUGGCUGCCAACACAUGGUCACACAGAGCACGACAACCCAUCAGUAUUGCCCUCAGUAGAGACCACGUCGUCCACUUCUGAACUGAAAUCAUCAGCAGACUGUGCUGCUGGUUAGUCCUGGAUGUGAAGGACUCACCAUUUAUUCAAAGGAAAGUUGACUUUUUACAGUUACUGUGCAGCUAUCGGGUUAUUUAUUUCUUUGAGCAAACCUGCGUUGCAAAGGUCCUUGCUGCUGUCCUGUCUCCAUUUUGGGUUUUACAGUUUAGACAUGCUGCUAAAUUAAAUCAUAGAGCUGUCAGCUAGAAUGAAAUAGACACAAAAAUAAAGAUUGAACCUCAACCUAAAUUUUAGAAAUACAACAACCUUCUCCGGACAGAGCAAUUUUCUCACCUCACCUCGCCUUGAGAUGAAUUGAAUUAUUCCUGUUGAAAAGGCAAAGUAACACAAAACAGGCCAAGUGUGAAACCUCCUCAAGUAAUUCCUGCACAGUGUUGCUCAGGCUCUGUUCUGAUGCUGUGUCCAAACCAACAGAAAAAAGGUUGUUUACCGCAGGGUGCAUCCACUGUUCAAACAAUCGUGUUUGCUCUACUACAAACAACAAUGCAUUUGUUUCAGUCCAAACGGUUUUAGCAUCAUAUUAUUAUGAAUUCUGCGGGACAUUUGUGCUGCGAAUCUGAUCUCUGUGUUCUGAAGGAUCGAUGACACUUGAACAGACAGGUGAACAUCAGCUAGUGAAGUUUGGGAUAGAAAACAAAAAUGAUGCCUCACUUCUAUAGUUGUGAUAUUUGUGCACAGUUACAGACAUCUCUUAAUGCAUUCCAGAUAGAUGGAGCGUCUGUGCUGCGAUGAUAGACGCGUCCUGUGGGAUGCCAGGAUGCCAGACGUAAGAAAGAUCCUUUUUCCCAUUUUUUUGUCAUUUUUUGGAAACUGGUCCACUGAAAAUGUUUUGUUUCACCGAUAUGACUUAAAAGAGAAACCUAACAGAAACUACUCAGCACUCUGAGACGCCCUGAGACGUCCGAAGUGCAGAUCAUUUCCACCAAAAAUGUGGUUGUUGGCCGCUCAUUGUUAGUUGCAGCAACCCUGCUGCAUUCAAGUAGUGUUUCAGUUUCUCAUUUAACAAACCUCUAGCAACCGUCUAAUCGAUUUGAGAACUUUUUCCGUGCACUCUUCAUGCCUCGUCCCAUCAGACGUGUGAAAUUACUGGCGUUUUAUUUACAUGAAAGUACUGUGCUGUUUUCAGCAUGUGUGUUCCCAGCCGGCACUUUCCAACACUGCUCCAGUGUUUUGGUCGUUCCACACCAGUCUUGGCUGCUGCACAGAGCUCUGGGAACAGCAGAGGAAAUUUAAACUUAAAUAAAACACCUGUAAUUUCAUUGGUUUGAUGCGAUGAGUUUAAUUUUAAUGGCAGCAUAAUCCGUGUUCAGAGCAUCCUUGAGUUUUCAUCAUCAGUCUCGAUGCUAGACCUUGUUUUUGGACUGCAUUUUUGAGGUGAUGUUACAUAGGCUCAAACAUUGACCUUUCUGUUGCGCAGGACUAUAGACCAGCACAGCUUAUGGAUCUAUAAAACCAUUUUUCUUCUUCUUCUUGAGGUGCGCUCAAUAGUCCGGAAUUGCUAUUAAUGAAGGAAAUGCUAGUAAUGUAUUGUUCUUUGCAAACUGUCCUAAACGCAGCACGCUAGAAGCCAAGUGAGGAAUCCUUCAAAACAUGCUUGGAUUUGUGAUUUCACCAAACGCAAUAGUUUCAUGAAAGCUUAAUAGAAAUUCACUCUGAAGAAAGAGGGUCAAAAAACUCACAUUAGCUUUGGGCAACAGGAUCAACUCCAUAAUGAAAUACAUGUUUGAUAUGACGACAGGUUUAGUGAAGCGACAUCAACACAUAACUGGGAAUGUGUUGGUGUGUUGGACUGCACCAUAAACCAUCACAUCAUCAAAUUCAUAUCCCUCCCUCCCUAAAUUCACUCCUGCACACAGUAGAAUGCAGGGCGUCUGAAUACGUUUUUCCACCACAGUAUGUAUGGUGUCCCCACAUACAGGAAUGGGAAAGUUCCACAUUACAAUUGUCUUCACCUUUGUUUUGGUAGCACCACAGGGGGACUGACCUGAGGACUGGUGUGACCGGUGUCUGUAACUGAAAUGUAGUUUCUGUGAGUGUGCAGGCGCCUUUGAGCACGGGAAUGUGAGAAUAUGAGCGCGAUGGAAAGCUUGGCCUUCUGUUUCUGCUCUACCUGCACUACACUUAAACUACACUUCCAUAUGCCUCCUCAGACAAGUCACAUGAGAAUAGGCUCACUUUUUAAAAGUAUUUGCCCUCUUGUGGUUGUGUAAGGAGAGUGUUUGUAACUGGAGUGACUGAGACAACGUGUGUCAUUUGUAUGUUUUUCACGAUUGGAAUUGCUUCUGUAAAGAGUCAGACAGUAAAUGAGCGAAACUGCGUAUAAAACAAGGACCAUGUAAAUAGAACGGAAAGAUGAAUGUACAGUUUAAAUCCUUAGUGCAUGUCGACAAAAAUAUGCCACGGUUUAUAAAUAAAAUGGCUUCAUUUGAAAUGUGUGUUACUGUUUGGUGUCCAAUUAAUUUGGCUUGAAAAGAAAGUGUGGUUCUAUCGGAUUACCGGCGCUUUCAUUGUGCAGAGACCGCGUCAUUACUCAGCCUUUGUCUGCUGGAUCGCUGCCUGACGUACGCUUCAUUCAGGCCUCGGUUUCUCUGCAAUUUCUCACUGAAGGAUGACACAAGCCUCAUGCUAACACAAGGCCAAGUCCCUCAGGCUUCUCUCAGAUGAUGGGAACUGGAUGGAUGAGGACGGCCGUGUAGAUUCAGGAUGUAUGUGCUGAAAUCCUAGCGUAAGGACUGAAACUUGACCACCCUUGAGAUCUCCUGUAUAAAGCCCAACUUAAGACUCUGCUAGCUAAUGAACCACCUGCUCUUUGUUGUGUGAGUCUUCCCUGAAACGGCUCCUAAAUCCACUCUGGACAGAUGAGACCUGCGGCUUUAUUAAUGGUUGUAAGCUGGUUUAAUUCAUCGCUAAAAUAGUCCGGGCCUUUGUAGCAUUCGCUCCACUGUAAGAGGUUUUAGGUUCAGCGGAGUCAGCGUCACGAUGGGAUUAGCUGCAUGUGAAACCCCGAACUAAACAAAGACGGUGACAUUUCACUGCAGCGUUGCACCUCCACCCAGGUGUUGUUCUGUGACGCUGUCUGUCAGGGAGCGUCUGCAAACAACCCCGGAACUGAAGGGCCAAGUCUGGCGGCCCAGCUGGGGUCCUUCCAGCGUACAUGCAUUGUUUCGCUUGACUGGACCUCUUUGGAAUUGUCUCAGGUGAAUUUUUGUCGGGAGCUGUCACCAGCGCUGACAUGCCAGACUUGCCCUUGGCUUUGCUGCUGUUUGGACAGGUGUUUUUGCAAAGAAAACAACCCAUUUCCAGCCCGACUCUGGACAGAACCAGUGCACAUCAUCACCUUGAUAGAUCCUCAUAUCAAUAACCUUAUUGACACUUAAUCUCUUCAAAGUGGCAGAAACCAUGAGUGGUGUCCAGUGUUAUUUGAUACAGUGAUUCGCCUCUUUGAGGGCCGCUAAAGGUUUAUUUGUUUUACACCUUUGGGCUGUGAGGGCCGCGAUACGCACCGUUUUAAUACAUGAGCCACGUAUGGUGGCAAUAGUGUGUCACUGAAGUGACUUGACAGCUGCAAAUCUGUGACAGUGAACAACCAUGGAGAAGUUCUUGAAAAGAAAAAACAGUAAAAACUGUUCAUGAAAGCAACUGUUGAAGCAGUUUUGAAAAUUAAUUGCAACAUUUUAUGGCAAUACUUUUAUUUACACUAUACUUAUAUCUUCUUUCGAGUUUAACUAAAAUAUAUAUAUUUUAUUUUAUGAUAUUUAGACAUGGUUUUAUUAUUUUAAUUUUAUUCAGUUUUUUCAAUUUUCUCAACAGUCUACAUCAAGUGUAUUUUUUUUCUAUUUUUCUUUAGUGAAUUUGAUGAAUAAGA